UUCCUCAGCUUGUUUUCUAUUUUACUAUAUGAGCUUUAUGAGGGUCCUUAAAGUAAAAUGGAAAAGUAAAACUAAGUAAGAUUCAGCUUCAGGGCAAUAUACAUAAAAAAGAUAAAGGUGGCAUGUGGAUAUAGGCAGGUAAUAUGACCUUAGAGUGGUCCAAGGUGAGUGCAAUGGCAAAAACACAGAUACACCUGUUCUCUGAUCAGAAUGGACCCUUAGAAGAAAGCAUGCUACAUUCCCUUGAGACAUGAGAACUUGCAUGCACAGAUGUCUGAACAGUGGCUUAAUUGGUCACAUAGAUGAUGGAGUGGACAGUGUUUCACUGCCAGUCUGGAAAUAAACACUUCAUGCAUUCUGCAAUGGUGACACUUACCUAGUGCUGAAGCAGAACUUGCUUAAUAAGGUUUUUCUGGAGUUGCUAAAAGAGUGUGGUCCCAGACAGCUUUUGGAAGGCCCUACUUGAUGCAUAGAUAAAACGUGGAAUGUCUAGAGGAUUGAAUUGACUGCAGGUCCUUUAAGUAACUCAUUUCUCUCCGCUAGUCAAUGCAUGCAGGUUGUAUAGCAGACUGUUCAAGGCUAUAUUUUCUGGCAAAUGUUUCCACUGCUCUUUUGCAGCUUAACCUACUCAACAUGGUCUUAAUUCAUUUCUUCUCAAGCUCACCAGUAACCUAAAUUAUAGUUAGGUUCAAUGAAUAUGUUGUAGUCUUUGCCUUACUUGAACCUUCUGCCAUAUUGAAGCUACUGUCCAUGAUCUCCUGGAAAUUCUCGGCCAUUAGCUUCUGUUGUGGCCUCUCUGAUGGUUUAUUCCCGAAUUCUUCUGUCUUUUUCUUCUGCUCCUGAGCGUUGCUCAUCCAGGUGUUCAAACCUGGGCCCCAUUCUUCACACGCUGCAGUUCUCCUUGACCUGUUUGGCCCUCUGUGAUUUGACAGUCCUGUUUCUCUCCAGCUUGGACCUCUUCCCUACCUUUAGACCAUAGGUUCGGCUCCUUGUUGAAUGCUUUCUUGUAGCUAUCCAGAAGGUAUCACAAGCUCAACAAAUCCAAAAUGAAAACCACAUUCUUCUUUCUUCCCGUACAUAUGAUGCUACUUUCAUGGAGCCAGUGAGUCAAACCACCAAAAUGGGAUUUCUCCUGGACCCCUCCCUCUCUCUCAGCUUUAAUCUCAUCUAAGUGUUACAACAGCCAAGAUACAGAAAUAACCUAAGUGUCAGUCAUCAGAUGAAUGGAUAAAGCAAAUGUGGGGUUGGUGUCACUUGAGGAUGUGGCUGUGAACUUCACCUGGGAGGAGUGGCAGGACCUGGAUGAUGCUCAGAGGACCCUAUACAGGGAUGUCAUGCUGGAGAACUACAGUAGCCUGGUGUCACUGGGGCAUUGCAUUACCAGGCCUGAGGUGAUCAUCAAGGUGGAGCAAGGAGCAGCACCAUGGACUGUAAAAGAAAAACCCCAGACCAGGGUUUCCCGGUGUCAGUGCACACUGUCACUGUGCACACUGAGCAGGGAGUCAGUGCACACUGAGCAGGGAGGCUGCGAAGACAAGUGCACAGCAGAUGUUGGCCGGAGAAUCACUAUAGGUGUAACAAAUGGGGGAAUACCUUUUGUAAGAAACCAACACAGAAACCAACACAGAGCUGAUCUCCAGGAGCAACAGCAUAAAUGUAAUCAAAGUGGGAAUAAUUUCUGCCAGAAAUUACAUCCCACUCAGCUUCAGAGAAUUCAGUUAGAGAAAAUGUUUGAAUGUGAUGUAUGCGGUAAAACGUUCUAUAAAAAGUCUAAUCUCACUAAACAUCAGAAAGUACACACUGGAGAGAAACCCUAUGCACGUGAUGAACGUGAGAAAUCCUUCUGCCAUAAAUCAGGCCAUACUGUUCAUCAGAGAAUCCACACUGGGGGAAAGCCCUAUGAAUGUAAUGAAUUUGGGAAAUCAUUCUGCCAGAAUUCAGCCCUCACUGUUCAUCAAAGGAUUCACAAUAGGGAGAGACCUCAUGAAUGCAAUGAUUGUGGUAAAACCUUCCAUAAGAAGUCAGUACUCACUGCACAUCAGAGAACUCACACAGGAGAGAGACCUUAUGCAUGUAAAGAAUGUGGGAAAUCCUUUGGACACCGGCCAGCCCUCACUGUACAUCAGAGAACUCACACAAGAGAUAAACCUUAUAAAUGUAAUGAAUGUGGGAAAUCCUUCUGUGUGAAGCCAAAACUCACUGUACAUCUGAGACUUCACACAGGUGAGAAACCCUAUGAAUGUAAAGAAUGUGGUAAAACUUUCUACCAGAAGUCAAAACUCACUGUACACCAGAGAACUCACACAGGUGAGAAACCUUAUAAAUGUGACGAAUGUCAGAAAACCUUUUGUGAAAAGUCAACCCUCAAUAGACAUCAGAGAACACACACAGGAGAGAAGCCCUAUGGAUGUAAAGAAUGUAGGAAAGCUUUCUUCCAGAAGUCAGCCCUCACUGUACAUCAAAGAACUCACACAGGAGAGAAGCCCUAUGAAUGUAAUGAAUGUGGAAAAACCUUUUGCCAGAAAUCACACCUCAGCAAACAUCAGAGGACUCACACAGAGGAGAAAUCAUGUAUGGCAGAGACUGGCUGUCUGUACACCCAAACUCACUUUCUUUUUCUUUGGGGCACACGGUUAGCCUGCAUUUCUCAGCCUUCCUUUACUGUGGGUGGGACCAUAUAACUGAGCUGUGGCCAGGAGAAUUUGAACACAAGCAAUAAACAUUAAUUCCAGGCCAGGCCAGAAGAAAAAAAA